AUGCAAGAAGCUACUAAUAGUGAAGCAUACAUCGCAAAAGAAUUGGGACAAGUGGAGGAAAAUUGCAUUCCAUGCAUAAGAGUUGUUGCUAAUGGAGAAUGGUCCAAACGGUCGUAUAAUGUUAACUAUGAUGUGGCUUCAGGAGUCAAUAAUUUUUUUGCCAAAAGUUAUGGAACAGCUCUCGUAAAACAAGAUGGUGUGAGCCAAGGAUUCUGCCCCUUUCUCUCUUGUCGCAAAAUCUUAAAACCCAACAAAAGGAAAUCCAAUUCGCAAACUAAAAACCGCAGAACCAGAGUCCUUUGCAGACACAGUCGCUCUUUUGAAAAAAUAUUUAUACAAGCCCGUCGUAAUUCUCGAUUGAAAGGGGUUUUUCGAAAUACACCAGCUGGCCCUGAGGAAGAGAAUAAUUUUAAAGGCAAGCAAUCCAAUGACGAUGCGGAUACAUUAAUAGUAUCUACAGCUAUAGCAGAAGCAAACAUUUCUGCAACCGAUUCAAAAGUAGCUGUUGUUGCGGAGGACAUAAAUGUUUUAGUGAUAUUGGUGACAUUAACACUUGAUGACAAAGAGAUAUUUUACACCAAGUUACCAAAAGAUAAAACACCCGGAUGUGACACAUCAUCUGUGUUUUAUGGAAAAGGAAAGACUAAACUAGCUGGAAUAUUAAAAAAAUCUACAGAAUUAGAAGGUGCUGAAAAAUUGUUUAAAACCCCUGAUGCUCAUCUGCAUGACCUUAUGAUAAAUGAAAUAAAACUUAUUUUGGCUUUGUACGGUGCAAAAAAUUAUAACAUAGGUUUAAAUGACUUCAUAUUUAAGUAUUUUUGCAAAAAUGUAGCAUCUAAGAAGACAAAAGUACUCUUGUGCUCUUUACUACCUACUGCAGAUGCAGCUCUACAACAAAUCAAGAAAGUUUAUCUUCAAAUUCAAUGCUGGAUGGGAAACAUUUUUUACCCCAGUGACUGGGGCUGGGAAUUUGAUACUAGGAAGAAUUUUUAUAAACCGAUUAUGAUGACUAAUGAGGCGGCCCCAUCUUCUCUACUUGAGGUCAUAUUUUGUUCAUGCAUAACCACAGGCUGUGCAAAAGUGUGUGGGUGCAGGAAAGCGGGAUUGUAUCGCACUGCAGUGUGUGUAAAUUGUGCCGUGAAUGAUUGCACAAACUGCAAACCUGUGCUAAUAGAAGAUGCAGACGAUGGUGAUCCGGCUGCUACUGAUUUUGUACCUCCACCGACUAUUAACAUUAUCCCCCAACAAUGUUUCUGUACUUGA